AGAUCACGUGCUUACAGAACACAGGAACCUCUGUUUUGUGCUUCGUCUGCAAAAUGAAACGCAUUUUAGGAAGCGGUUUCAGCAAAAGGGACAAAAACGCAUUGACAGCGAAAGUCCUCAAAAUCACAGCUAAACUAUGGAAUAAGAAAUAAGACACAAGACUUGAAGUUCUCCCUCCUCACUCCUGAUUCCUGAGUGAUGGAGCGUCCUCUGCUGGGCCGAGUGUCCGCCUGUUGCUCCUACAGCACUCUGAAGGCCUGGCUGCCGAUCCUCUCCUGGCUGCCCAGGUACCGGCUGAAGUGGCUGCAGAUGGACCUGCUGGCCGGCCUCACUGUGGGGCUGACAACCGUCCCGCAGGCGCUGGCUUAUGCUGAAGUAGCCGGCCUUCCUGUGCAGUACGGACUCUACUCUGCCUUCAUGGGGGGGUUCGUCUACACCCUCCUGGGGACCUCUAAGGACGUGACACUAGGUCCCACGGCCAUCAUGUCCCUCCUGUGUUUCUCUGUGGUGGGGGGGCAGCCUCACCAAGCCGUGCUGCUCAGCCUCCUCUGUGGACUCAUCCAGGCUGUAAUGGCAUUACUGAGAUUAGGUUUCCUGCUGGACUUCAUCUCCUACCCUGUAAUAAAAGGCUUCACUUGUGCUGCUGCAGUAACCAUUGGCUUUGGCCAAGUCAAGAAUAUUCUGGGACUCCAGGGCAUUCCUCACGACUUUGUCUUGGAGGUCUACUACACCUUCUACAGGAUCCGGGAAGCCAGAAUAGGUGACGUGGUGCUGGGUCUGCUGUGUGUCGCUGUGCUGCUCAUGUUGCUGUUUAUGAAGACGAGUCUGGGCUCUGACGACGCUCCCAGCUGCUCCACAACACUCGCCCGGAAACUAGUGUGGACCGCUGCCACCAUGCGUAACGUUUUGGUGGUCGUAGCAGCAUCCUGCGUAGCGUUUUCCUGGAACGCUUUCGGCCACCCUGUGUUUACGGUCACGGGUAAAACUUCUAAGGGUCUCCCACCGUUCAGGCCCCCACCCACCUCAGACACCACAGCCAACGGCACCGUCGUCACCUUUGGAGAGAUUGUAGAGGACUUCGGAGGAGGGCUGGCAGUGAUUCCCUUCAUGGGUCUGUUGGAGAGUAUUGCUAUUGCUAAAGCUUUUGCAAGUCAGAACGACUACAGAAUCGAUGCCAACCAGGAGCUGCUGGCAAUUGGUGUGACCAACAUCAUGGGCUCCUUUGUGUCAGCAUACCCCGUCACAGGAAGCUUUGGGAGAACAGCAGUGAACUCUCAGACUGGUGUUUGCACUCCAGCUGGAGGGAUCGUCACCAGUGUGAUAGUGCUGCUUUCCCUGGCGUUCCUCAUGCCCGCCUUCUACUACAUCCCCAAAGCUGCUCUCGCUGCUGUUAUCAUCUGUGCAGUUGCUCCCAUGGUGGAUUAUCGUGUCGUGGCUAAGAUGUGGAGGAUACGCAAGCUGGACCUGGUGCCUUUUGUUGUGACGUUCCUGAUGAGUUUCUGGGAGGUGCAGUAUGGCAUCGUAGGAGGUGUAGCUGUAUCAGGAGUCCUGCUGCUGUACCACACGGCCAGACCCCAGAUAAAGGUCUUUGAUCACGGUGUGCUGGUGAUGGAGUUGGGCAGUGGACUCAACUUUCCUGCAACCGAGUAUCUCAGCCAUGUCAUACACACUCAGGCUCUGCAGGCCUCUCCCCCGCGGUCAGUGGUCCUGGAUUGCCAUCAUGUCAGCGUUGUAGACUACACAGUGGUCAGCGAGCUCAGAGACCUGCUGAGGCAGUUCAAACUACGAGAAGUGCAACUGGUCUUUUCCAGAUUGCAGCCCUCUGUCCUGGAGGUUCUCCUGGCCGCUGACCUGCAGGACUUCAGGCAUACAGACAAUGUGGAGGCGUCACUGCAGAUGGAGACAGAGAGCCUUCUCAGUGAAUGACACAAAAAACGUCUAAUGAGAGACUGGAGAGGACAGAUGCAACGUAGCAACAUUGUUCAGUGACGUUUCUGAUCUGGGAUAAACAGGUUUUUAUGAAGUUCGAAAGGUCCCUCCAACAACUGAUGCCUGGCGGCUGGUUGUACAGCUUGAAAUCAAUGUGGGAUUCUAAGAUUCCAGCACUACAACGUUUGCACAUCAAAAUUGGACCAAAAGUCUAAUUGUGUUUUUUAAAGCUUUUUAUAUGAGGGACAUUAUGCAUUUUAGAGUAAGGGGGGGUGUAAUAAGAGAAGUGUUAAUACUAAAAUAUGUAUUUACCAACAGAGAACUUCAUUCGUUAUGUUUUAAGGCUAAAAGGUGGUAGGGGGGCUUCCAGAGACCAAAAUCAGAAUUUACACUAAUAAUAGGGAAGAUUGGUGUGUGGGUGAAUAAUGAACAGAAGCUAACACUUAUUCCAUCUGUCAUUAUGGCUCAUUUUAUUUAUCUUGUUUCUGUUGUUUUCAUGUCGGAAAUUAAAUAUUGCCAAAACAGUUGAAAAGUGGUUUUAAUUGACUCCUCAUUAUGACACUGAUAGUUACAUUUUAACCUAAAUUGCCACAUAUAUUUUACCUAAUAAAAAGUUUACAUUUUCA